AUGAAGCUUUUGCUUGGCUGUCUCUUGGCCGCGGCGACUGCCGCUACCGCCGACCCGUUCGGACUGGUACUUUGCACGACCAACCGCUUGGUUAUCUCCGAGGCUAAAGGUGCACUCUACACGGACGUGAUCCGCGCCGGCUACAACCAGCGUCUCAUUUACGACCCGACGUCCAAGUUGCUCACAGUCGUGUCGAGCGGCCAGUGUGUCAAGGUCGCGUCGGGCUCAGCUCCGCAAGCGCUCACAGAAAAAUGCAACCCGGCCGACGAGUACCAGAAGUGGGAGCUGCGAGACAACCACGUGUAUUCACCGGCGAAGGCCAAGUGUCUCGAGACCCUGCAGACGAUGCCUUAUGCGCCUGUCAAUCUCGCCGACUGCGACGUUCCGGGGUCGCUCGCCAAGGGCCAAUUCCUCGCCGACUGCAACUCGAUCGCGCCUGUCUACAAUACGCUUACAUCGCGUACCGGUACCAAGCGCCUGGCGGGGAGCAACUCGAGCCUCGUUGUCAACACGGUUAUCAACAACUGGAACGAGCUCUUUGUCUGGGACCAAGCCAACAAAAUGUUCAAGAGUACCAACGGCCAGUGCUUGGAAGUGCACGAGAUGUAUCCCCGUGUUGUGCUCGGGACGUUCGCCUGCGACGUCCGGAACGCAUAUCAAAAGUGGACCUACAACCCCUUGACCUACAAGCUCGAGCACGACAAGUACCAGAACACGUGCUUGGACCUCGACAACGACCGCGUGCAGAUGGCUCCGUGCUCGUCCUCCUCGCCCUUCAACGAGCGCCAACAAUGGAUGCUGUACACCUACCACCCGUAG